CAAACAAGGCGGGGCUUACUUUGGCCAGAAAGUAAGUCUGAAUGCUAAAUACGCACACAAAUAUUACCCGAACAGGAAAAACGUUAUUUAUUUGGAAAUCUGUUAUUAGGUCAUUGCUGUGGUCUGAAGGGUUCAUGAGAACAUCGAGGAGAGCAGAGCCUGUUCACUAACAUCAUGGCUGAGGAGGAGCCUGAGAAACACUGCUGGGUGUGCUUUGCCACGGAGAGGGACGACCAAAGCGCGGAGUGGGUGAGCCCCUGCAGGUGUAAAGGCUGCACGAAAUGGAUCCACCAGUCGUGUCUGCAGCGCUGGCUGGACGAGAAGCAGAAGGGAAACAGCGGAGGAGCGGUCAGCUGUCCACAGUGUGGCACUGAAUACCAUAUCAUCUUCCCCAAGAUGGGCCUGCUGGUCUAUUUCCUGCAGCAGGUAGACAAAGCUCUGUCGCGGGUCAGUCCCUUCGCUGCUGUUGGGGUGGUGGCCGGCACUAUCUACUGGUCUGCUGUCACAUACGGAGCUGUGACGGUCAUGCAGGUUGUGGGACAUAAGAAGGGGCUGCAUAUGAUGGAGCGAGCCGACCCUCUCUUCCUGCUUUUUUUUGUGGUGCUGGUCCUGGGGAAGAUGAUCCGCUGGGAGGAUUAUGUAGUGAGGCUGUGGCAGCGGAUCUACUACAAACGCACACUCCCCUCAGGUUCCUAUUGGUAUCUGCCACGUGUCCCUGCUGAUGGGCCCGGUGCUGGAGACCACCUCUCUGUGUCCAGGACUCUGUGUGGAGCUCUCAUCUUCCCCUCCAUUGCCAGUCUGGUGGGAAGGCUGCUGUUUGGACGGGUGCCCUCUAAUCUGCAGCGCACGAUACUGGGUGGCAUCGCAUUUGUGUUGAUCAAGGGAGUGCUGAAGGUGUAUUUCAAACAGCAGCAAUACAUCAUGCAGGCCAACAGACAGAUCCUCAACUACCCAGAAACCAGCGGCGACGGACAGAGUGAAGGUGCAGAGGACGACACAGAGGACAGUGGGAAUGAAUAGUUUCACUGCCUGGGUAGAGGCUAUAGAGGAGUCACAGACAACUGAGCAAAACCAAAUAUAUUAUACACAGUGCAGAACUAAGCUGAGGGCUGUUGAGGCUAUGGGCAGGUGGAAAUGUCUGGUAGAAAGGAGAUGGCUUUAUCAAACGUUAAGUGGAAUGACCAAUAACUAGGCCGCUAUCUGUAUGAAUUUCCAAGGAGCCUUUUACUGUGCGACUUCAAAGAGGUCUUUGCCAUCUGUGACUGUACCAUGACCUGAAUGUUAACGCUACUGAACCAACACUUUCAGCCUCAUUCUUUCGUUUCUGUCUCAGAGAUACUUGAAGAUGUUUAUAAAACAUGAUUUGUUGCUGUAUCUUUAAUUAUGGUCAGCUGAGAAAUCAGAAGUCAGUUCAGGUGUGAUGCAUAAUGACCCUAUUCACCCAUAAAGAUGCAGCGUGUUCACAUGCACGUGACUAACCAUGUUUCAGUCAGCUUUGUGCCAUUGUUUGGUUUCCUAAAUGUUUUGUGUAUAAGAGCAUUGUCUGAUAAUUGGGGUAGAGACUUGGAGAGCACCGAUGCCAGGUGGUGUUAAAGUGACCCGCCACCUCUCCCAUGUGUCGGUUUUGAACCUGACCAGCUGAAUUGAUGCUGCCUGCUGCAACAGAGCCAGUGUGAUCCUGUCACUUUGAUUGCACAUGGUCAGUGGGGUGUGGUUAUCUGUGACUCAGGUGGUGGCUUCCUCUUGUAGCACCUAAAGCAGAACUGUUCAACCUCAGUGCUCAGAGUCCACAUGUGCUUGUGUGAUAUGCAGGUGUGGUCAUGGGAGAUUAAAACACUGAUGUAAUAUUUGUUUGGGAUAUGUACAUUAGAAUUAAAGUUUUCUGGUUUAUUAUGGAGCUAUUCAUACCCCCGAAAAUAAAGCAAAAAAA